UUCAGCCAGAUGGCGGGGCAAGUUCUGCCACCCGUAGACAUAUGCGACUACAUUAUCUUAGACAUCUACUAUGACACCAGAGACGGAUACAAGAAGAUCGACUACGAGUUUCUAAAAGGCCAGACAGGAAACAGCAAGUUGAUGUUCACUCUCCCACAAGGCUCCUCACGAUCGCCCAAUGUUACACUGUAUACUAGGAGACAAAUCGUGAAUCAGCAGACCUUCAAAAACACUGCCCGACUGCUGUAUACAGAUAUGAAUGUUCGAGGUUUUGGGAUCUUGCACUUUCAAUACGGCUCACCCACUACAAUAAGAAACUGUGCUCCAAACCUCCUUGCCUUGUAUCAGGCACUUGACUCGAGUCUCGUGGACGCUGGCUAUCAGGAGAUGACGAAUUUUUUUUCCGUGUACCUGCCGUAUACGAUGACCAACAAACAAAUAUACACUGAAUUUCUAAGUUCGCUCAACGGGUAA